AUGACCUCCCGCAUCGACAAGACAAUCGCUCGCCAGCGAGAAAAAAUCGCCUCCGGUGCCUACUACGAAGCCCACCAACAGCUGCGCGUCAUUGCGGCUCGGUACAUCAAGGCCGCUAACUACGAUGCAGCGGCAGAUCUCCUGGCUGGCGGUGCGACGGAGCUGCUGAGGGCCGGUGCCCAACAGGGCGCCUCGGCCAGUGGUGGAGACCUGGCGAUUAUGCUGGUCCUGGAGGUGUACAACAAGGCAGAGUGGGAGAUCUCCAGUGCGGCGGACGAUGCGCAAACCCGGGCUCGAAAGAAGCGUCUCAUCGAACUGCUACGAGAAUUCCCCUCCGAGGAGCCUACGCGGAAACGGUAUAUACAGGAAAUCAUUGGAUGGAGCGGGAAGUUUGGUCCCUUGGAGCGAGGAGAUCCGGACUUGCAUCACGCCGCUGGCUCUGUCUACGCCGAAGGUGGGUUUGUCCUGGUGUCUGAUCCUGAUGGCAUUGCUGACAUGGCGGGCCCAGAUAACGACCCAUACGACGCAGAGAAACACCUGAUUCUAGGAACGUCGGAGUCCGCAGAAACCCUGGCGAAACUCGAAUACGAGUGGUACACCAGCGACGACCCGCAUACGGCAGCUCUCUAUGCCUCGCGCGCCGUAUUCCCCUACCUCCUGACCGGCAACCUCCGCAGCGCGAACAAGGCGCUCCUCAUCUUCACCUCGCGGCUAUCCACCUCGAAUCCCUCGUUGGGUGUGCAAGAAGUCAGUAGCGCCAGCUCUGACAUUCGUGUAUACCCCGCGCUUCCGUUGCUGAACUUCAUCGCCCUGUUGCUGUUGGCCAUUCAACGCGGCAGCGGGGAUCUGUUCCGGCAGCUCACCGCGCACUAUGCUGCGCAGAUUCGGGAGAUUGGGAUCUGGGAUGAUGCCCUGGCACAGAUGGGCGAGCAGUACUUUGCCAUCAAGAUCCCCAGACAGGGUAACCCGCUAUUGGAUAUGAUGGGCAACAUGUUCUUCGGUGGUGGCCAGGACAACGCCGGCGGGCGAAGGGCGCCGCAGGCCCGGAGCCCAGCGAAGAAGGUCGAGGCUCCGCCGUCCAACAUGGAGCUUGAUUAG